CAGCGCCGCUCGCCCGUCCCUCCCUCCAGCCAGUCCCCAGCCCAGCAGCGCCGGUCCCCGGCCCCGCCACCCCCCUGCGCAUCCCCAAAUUCGGCAUCCCCGCACCGCCUGCCCGGAGAGAGGAUGGAGCUGGGCUACGCCAAACCCUCCAGCCGCCACAUCAAGGCAGGAUUCCAGGGUCGCCGCAGCUACUCGGAGGUGACCAACGUGGCUCUGUACCAGCAGAGCCGCUCGCUCUGGCUCCAGCCCGAAGCUUCCACUCUGCCCAAGCACCGUCCGUACGGCGAGGUGUACCUGGGGGGCUCGGGGGCUCCUCUGAGCACCAACGAGCCUUUCGAGGAGCACGUGCGCUUCGAGAAGCAAUCGUCAGAUGAGGAGGAGUGGGCUCUGCCCAGUCCUCCCAGUCCCGAGGCAGGAGCGAUCCGCUGUGCUUCCUUCUGCGCCGGAUUCCCCGUGCCCGACGCCGUGCACCGAACGGCUGCUGCCUAUGCUCGGGGGGAACACGCUCAGUCCUGGCCCUCCAUCAACCUGCUGCUGGAGACGGUGGACUCGGAGGUGAGGAGCUGCCCGCUGUGCCAACUGGCCUUCCCCAUCGGCUACCCGGACGAUGCCCUGGUGAAGCACAUCGACUCCCACCUGGAGAACAGCAAGAUCUGA